ACCACAUCAAAAUUUCCAAGACGUCAACUCUUUUCCAUUUCUCCCCAAUUUCAACCAUAUCCUCCCACCCCAAGAAACAAAAUCACUACACUAAUUAAAUUCCUCUUUUCACAAAUCCCUUUACUUUUAAUUUUAAUUUGUUGCAUGUCACAACAAUAUUCCCCCAAAUUAGUUCUCUUUUUCCCUUUCCAAAGAAAAGGAAAGUGAAUGGAAUUCUUCACAAAGACUCCCGCCGUGAGGCUGAAGAGCCACCUCAACCGAUACCUCACCGCCGGCGACGACCAGUCGUCGACGCGCCAGAGCCGCUGCGGCGACGUGAGGCGGGCGCGGUGGCUGGUGGAGCUCGUCGACACCAAUCCGCAUGUCGUCCGCCUCAAGAGCUGCCACGGCCGCUACCUCACCGCCUCCGCCGCCGCCGCCGCCGAUCCCAUCUUCCUCGGCCGGAAGGUGCUCCAAACCCUGCCGGAAAAUCCGGCGAGGGAUCUGACGAUCGAGUGGCAGCCGAUCAGGGACGGCUUCCAGGUCAAGCUCAAGGCUGCGGGCUGCGGCACCUACCUACGGGCGAACGGCGCCGCGCCGCCGUGGCGGAACACGGUGACGCACGGCGGAGCCGGCGGCCCCGGGAAUUGGCUGGUGUGGGACGUGGAGGCGGUGGAGGUGGCGGAGGAUGAGGCCGUGGUGGAUUAUUGGUCGAUGGUUUCGAGCCUCUCGCCGGUGGCGGAACAGAUUUCGGGGCUCGAUAUUGGUGGUUACGGCUUUGAAUCGCCAGUUUCAGUGUGGUCGCCGGCGCCGGCCACGCCGUUGCGGUGGUGGUCAAUGAAUAAGAAUCACGAGCAGCAUCUCCACUCGUUUGGGCCACGAAUGUCAGCAAUCGACUUAUUUCAGAAUGCGAAGACGGUGCGGCUGAAAGGCUCGCACGGGAAGUACCUCGUGGCCGAGGCCGACAAGGUCUCGGUCACGCAGGAGCGCAGCUGCGCCUCCAAAUCGGCGAAAUGGGAGGUAGAGUUCGUGGAGAGCUCCGACACCAUAAUCCGGCUAAAGAGCUGCUACGGGAAGUACCUCACCGCAUCGAACCAGCCGUUCCUGCUCCGCAUGACGGGGCGCAAGGUGCUGCAGACGCUGCCACCGCGCCUCGACAGCUCGGUCGAGUGGGAGCCCAUCAGGGAGCGCGGCGCUGUCAAAUUGAAGACAAGAUACGGCCGCUUCCUGCGGGCCAACGGCGGCCUUCCGCCGUGGAGGAACUCGAUCACGCAUGAUAUUCCGCAUCGGGCGGUUACCAAGGACUGGAUUUUUUGGGAGGUUCAUGUUGUGGAGUUUCUGCCGCCGCAAAUCGCGGUGGCCAAGGAGGAUUGCUUUGCCUCUGACGCGACCUCUCCAACCUCCACCCAGUCGUCCAUGUCCGCUAGUUUUUCUAGACAAGAGGUGCAGUGGGAUGAUUCGCCUAGAAAGGCAAGCGACGGCAGGCUAGUCUAUUUCGAUCUAGCCAAUGAGCAUGGUGAGGUUGAGAAUGAGUAUGGCGAGGUCGAGUGCAUUGCAUUCAAGGGCUUCCAAGUGAGCGAAUUGGCAAGCAGGCUGGAAGACGAGCUAGGAAUCACCGGCCUCACCGUCUGCACCAGAAGCCCACUGAACAGGAAGCUCCACCCUCUCCGCCUCCACCUCCCUCCCAACAACGCCACCAUGCACGUUGUCGUGCUCCCCCCUUCAUCAAAAGUUAGCGAAGAAUCAGAAGAAGAGACGGAGGAGCCUGUAUUUUAGAAGGAAUUCAGAAAAGGAAACAGUUUUGCUUCAAUCUAUGUUUGAUAGUUCAACCUUGGAAAAUGACAUAAUAAUGCAUCAAGAUAUUUGGUGGGUAUACACUACAUCAAGGUAACAAAAUGUAGCAAGUAUACUUGCUAGUUUCUUAUGCAUUUCUUUGCACGGUUGGAAUAGGACAUCAAGUAGAGGAUCGAGUAUAAUGCUGUUUGGACAGCUUAAUUUCUGAUUGGCUGCCGAAUUUGUAAUAAUAAUUGAUGUAAUAAUGUCUCAAUCAUCACUAAGUGACUGAAUUUCUUUGAUGAUUCGAACCCCUCUCCCUUUUUA